AUGGCAGGCGAAACCGGCCCUGUCGAGAUAUCUCGAGCCCUUGCAAUGGUGAUUGCAGGGUUUUUCGCUCUAGCAUGUUGGAACGUCCUUCAAAUCAUGGUUUCAAUCUUCAUUACCUUCAGGCACUAUCACGGCCUUUACUUCUGGAGCAUGUUGAUCUCCGCGUUGGGAAUCUUCCUACAUACGAUAUCAUCAUUCCUUCGCUACUUUGCGCUCGCUCCUAAUUUCCCCAUGUGUGUUCUGAUUUGUAUCGGGUGGUACGCUAUGGUCACCGGCCAGUCCGUCGUGCUGUAUUCACGACUCCAUCUGGUGACUUCCUACGAUCGCUACUCUCGCUGGGUACUCUGUAUGAUCCUUAUCAACUUUUGCGUCUUGCAUAUUCCCACCACUAUCCUAUUUCUCGGAAGCAAUCAUGGUGUCAACAACUUCGUCGCACCCUUCAACGUCUAUGAGCGUAUUCAAUUAGCAGGGUUCGCCAUCCAAGAGACGAUUAUCAGCGGCCUCUACAUCUGGGAAGCCAUGACUACCUUGAGGCCAAUUUUGGCCAUGAAAGGCCCUCGAGGCCAGAGAGUUGUCAUAAAUCUCAUUCUAGUCAACGCUAUCGCAGUCUUGCUAGAUGCUUCUCUGCUGACGACCGAGUACACCGACCACUUUGACGUUCAGACGACCUACAAGCCCGUCGUCUACAGCAUCAAGUUGAUAUUAGAGUUCACAGUACUCAACAGUCUGCUCGUUGUGAUUCGCAAAAAUCCGUCAAACCUCGAACACGUGCACCAACUACGCGGAGAGGAAAUUCACUUAGAGCCACGCUGGAGCGGCGAUUGCUCUCACAAUACCGCCGAUUUCGACUUCUCCCCUGGAAACUCCGAUCGAAGUGCUCGACCACGUUCCUCGAGAGAUCCACCCCUUAAAUCACAUGGGCCAUAG